AUGGGGAACCACACAAGAGUGACAGUGUUCAUCCUAGCAGGUUUGACUGAUGAUCCACAGCUGGAGGUGGUGGUGUUUACCUUCCUGCUGCUCACCUACCUGCUCAGCAUCACUGGCAAUCUGAUCAUCAUCACACUCACCCUGCUGGAUACUCACCUCAAGACCCCCAUGUACUUCUUCCUUCGGAAUUUUUCCUUCCUAGAAAUUUCCUAUACCACUACAUGCAUCCCUAAAUUGCUGGUGAUGAUGGCAACUGGGGACAAAACCAUUUCCUAUAACAGUUGUGCAGCUCAGGUGUUUUUUGCCUUCCUUCUCGGAGCAUCUGAAUUUUACCUGCUGGCAGCCAUGUCCUAUGACCGCUAUGUUGCCAUCUGUAAGCCCCUGCAUUACACAGCCAUCAUGAGCACUAAAAUCUGCACACAGCUUGUCUUCUGCUGUUGGCUUGCUGGGUUCUUUACCAUCUUUAUACCUCUCAUCUUGGGCCUAAACCUUGAUUUCUGUGACUCCAACAUUGUAGAUCAUUUCUACUGUGACACAACUCCUCUCAUGCAGAUCUCCUGCUCAGACACACGGCUCAUCGAGACGAUGGGAUUCAUUUCUGCUGUGAUGACACUCGUGGUCACCUUGGCAAUGGUGAUAAUAUCAUAUACGUAUAUUGCGAUAACAAUUCUAAAAAUCCCUUCAGCUAAUCAGAGGAAAAAAGCUUUUUCAACAUGUUCUUCUCACAUGAUUGUGAUCUCCCUUUCUUAUGGCAGCUGCAUCUUCAUGUAUGUUAAACCAUCAGUGAAACAGAGAGUAUCUUUUUCCAAGGGAAUUGCAGUUCUCAAUACCUCUGUUGCACCACUUUUGAACCCUUUCAUCUACACCUUACGGAACCAACAGAGUCAUUGAAUUUUACCUUCCGGCUGCCAUGUCCUCUGACCAUUAUAUUGCCAUAUGCAAACCCCUGCAUUACAGGACCAUCAUGAACUGUAGACUCUGCACACUCCUUGUCUUCUCUUCAUGGCUACUCUCAU